AUGUCAUUCACUGCGAUCGUAGCCAUUGUGCUUGCAGCAUGGUUGGUUUGGAAGGUGGUUUACAAUCUAUACCUCAGUCCUCUGGUGAAAUUCCCGGGCCCGAAGUUGGCAGCGUUUACCAACCUGCAGAAUAUCUACUGGACGUUGACCGGUGAAGAGCACUACAAAUUCAAAGAGCUACAUGAUAAAUACGGGGACGUUGUUCGAACAGGACCGAGAUCCCUUGUCUACCGAAGCCCACAGGCCUGGAAAGAUAUUUAUGGUCACCGCAAAUCCGAGGCCGGAUCAUUCCUCAAGGACCCAUCAUUUUACAUCCGUGGUCCCCGGGGUCCAAACAUCGUCAAUGCGGACGAUGAAACCCAUUCUCGUCUACGAAGACUUUUCUCGCCCGCCUUCUCGGAAAGAGCGCUUCGAGACCAGGAAGAUCUGGUUCAGUCCUACGUUGACUUGCUCGUCGAGCGGCUCAAUGGCGAAAUUGCCGCAUCUCGACCUACGGUUGACAUAAGUCGAUGGUACAAUUUCACCACGUUCGACAUAAUCGGCGAUCUAGCCUUUGGUGAGCCAUUUGGAUGUCUUCGUGAUAGCAACUACCACCCUUGGGUGAAGAUGGUAUUUGGCAGCAUGAAAUUACUUGCAAUGCAGCGGCCGCUAGGGAUAUACCCCUUCUUGGCACCGAUUGUGAGAAGAUUGACCCCGAAAAAACUUAUGAAAAUGAGAGAAGAGCACUUUGCUUUGAGCAUUGACAAAAUUCAUCGCCGACUGGCGAGGAAAACUGAGCGCCCGGAUUUUAUGACUUAUGUCAUGCGUUUCGACGAUGAAAGAUCAAUGACUACACAGGAGAUGGAGGCAAAUGCUGCCCUUUUGAUCGUGGCUGGAAGUGAAACAACAGCAACUCUACUUUCUGGAUUUACAUAUUAUAUGCUAGGAAAUCCCUCAGCGUACCAGAAAGCUACAAGUGAAGUUCGUGGGGCUUUCGAAUCCUAUUCGGACAUCAGUGUUGCCAGGGUCAGCCGAUUAACCUAUCUUAAUGCCGCUUUAGAGGAAGCAUUGAGAGUAUACCCACCGGCCCCAGGUAUAACCCCUCGAGUUGUUCCGAAGGGAGGGGCGGCUAUUGAUGGAGAAUUUAUUCCGGAAGGGACUUCUGUCUCUGGUGCGCAUUAUUCUACGUACCACUCUGCUUCCCACUUCAAAGACGCCGAUGCUUUUAUCCCAGAUAGAUGGCUGCAUCCCACAAACAAGGAAUUUGAGUCAGAUUGCCGCGGUGUCUGUCAACCGUUUUCGCUGGGACCUCGAAAUUGUAUUGGACAAAACCUUGCCUAUGCGGAAAUGCGACUUAUCGCGGCAAAAAUGCUGUGGAGCUUCGAUAUGGCCUUGGACAAAAGCUCGUCGGAGUGGAAUGUUCAGAAGUCUUACAUUAUUUGGGAGAGAAAGUCACUGGUGGUCAAACUUUCCAAAGCGCAGGAUUUUCAAAAACAAGAGGUUACUAGUUAG